AUGAUGUCGUCAAACGGUGCUUCCACGUUCGAAAUCGACCCCUCCAGCUUGCCACAGCUUGACAGCAGCGGCAGCAACUAUCCGGUGUGGCGUCCGGCGUGGACCAUCGUUUUCAAAUACGCUGAAUUGUGGGAUAUCGUCUCUUAUGGCAAAGCUCCCGCCGUCACCACGGAGACGCCGGCAUUGACAGCACUUUCCGCCCAGAUCGUUCAACGGAAAAAGGACGACACCAAGGCGAUGGUGAUGCUGAUGUCUGCCGUUCAUCCUGACCUCGUGUAUCUCGUCACGACAACGUCCUCUGCACACCAAGCAUGGACCACCCUGAAAGAUCGGUUCGACCGUGACGCCGCACAAUCCACCAUUCAACACGACCGUGACGCCGCACAAUUCACCAUUCAGCAAUUCCGUCAGUUGAUAUCACUGAGAUACAACACGAGUGAUGAUUUAGUGCAACAUCUUAACCUCUUCCGCCAAACAUGGACCGCGCUGGAACGCCGUUGCAAGGCGUCAUCACACGGACUUGCGAAGGACUUGAACACCGUCUUCUCUUCUGAAUCUAUUAAAGGCUCCUUCUUCCUUGCCACUCUGCCCGAGGAAAUGAACACGAUCGUCGACAAUCUGUCUACUCAAAACGUCAACAAGUUCGCCGAAAUCGAACCCCAGAUGGUGGACAUUGCCAACCGACAUGCCCGGCCGACAGAUGACAAGGCCUUCUACACCAAGACUGCCGGAAAGGCAACGCGGCGUCGGACGACACGUUCCUCCGACGAAUGUACUUGGUGUCACAAACACAACUUAUCCUUCGUCGGCCAUGUCUACACGGAUUGCCACAAGUUGGCCGACUACAAGAAGCAAAAGGACAACAAGAAGGACCAAAAUGCCGCUAAAAAGAAAGGCAAGGGCAAAUAA